CGGGCCUGACCAGGCACUUCAAAGGGGGCAGGAGCCAAGCAGCCUUCUCCAGCCUCGCACUACACCUCCAGGCCUGGGCGCCGAGCUUGGGGUCCCGGACGCAGAGGAGCGUUAGAGAGAAACUCAAGCGGUGGAGGAAGAAUCCAGAGACCUUAAACUGGGGGAAGGGGCGCAGUGCCUUGGGGCCCAGCGGAUUUGGCCCAGCGUCCGGAGCACAGCCCCAGAGCCCCAGCUAAACCUUCGCCUCUGGAGCCCGGGGCGGGGCGUCCUCUCUCGGAAGGGGGCUCAGCGGCCCCUGGCACCCCGCCCCGUGCCCAGAGCCACCAGCCCCCUCAGCUGAGUCAAGGGAGGGCUCAGGGUUAAGGACAGUGAUCUGUGGAUAUGGCCGACGCCGCGGAGCCGGAGGGGGGCGCCCUGGGUCCCCAGGGUCCGGCCGAGGGCCCAGCGCUUCAGGUAGAGACACCUGGCGAGCCCGGGACCACGGGCCCGCAGACUGCAGGGCUGGAGGCGAGCGACGGAGCGGGCGGGGCGGCCGUGGCGGUGAAGGAGGAAGGGGGCGGGGGACCGGGCGGACCGCUUGCCCGGGAACCGGCGCCUGGGGCGGGCAGUGCCCGGGAGGCCGAGGCGCAGGGUGCAGGGGGAGCGCAGGGCGAGGCGGAGGCCGGGGAGGGCGCCCUAGAGGGUGCCGAGGUUCCCCAGGGCGGGGAGCAGGUGGAGGAGGCGAGCCACGGGUGCAGCGCGCAAGGCGAGGCCCCGGGGGAGGCUCAGGAGGAGCCCCUGGACCCUGAGGUCCCCGAGGCGCAGGGGGAGGCGGAGAGCGGGCUGGAGACGCAGGGAGGCAGCGCGCCCGUGGCGUCCGGCGACAGCACAGAAGUCAGGGGGCUGACGGGGGGCAGCACAGAAGCCAGGCCGCCGGCGGGGGACAGCGCAGAAGCCGAGGGACCGGCGGGGGACAGCGCAGAAGUCGGGGGGCCGACGAGGGACAGCGCAGAAGCCGGGGGGCCGGCGGGGGACAGCGCAGAAGCCGGGGGAUCGGCGGGGGACAGCGCACAAGUUAGGGGGCCGGCGGGGGACUGCACAGACACGGACGGGACGCCCGGGGACGACAUGUAUGCCGGGCGGCCUGCCGGGGAUAGCACCGACGCCGAGGCGCCAGUGGGGGACUGCAUGGACCCCGAGGGGCCGGCAGGAGGGCCGCCCCGUGUCGAGGGUGAGCCCCAGGACGGAGGGGACCACAGCCCCCCGCCCCAGGCCGAGGCGAUGGAGGUCGCAGCCUCUGAGAGCGGUGGGCGUGGGCGCAGCCCCGGGGAGCUAGCGGUGGGCGCUGCGGGGGACGCGGCGAAGGAGACCGGGCCCUUGGGGACAGAGGGGUCCGAGGAAGAGGCCCCUGGAAACAGGCGCUUAGACGCUGGCGAGGACGGGGCCGCAGAUCGGCCCCGGGAGGAGACGGAGGAGGAAGAGGAGAGGCCAGAGCCGGGCCCGGAGGGGCCGCGCGAGGAAGCGGCCGCCGGGGGCGCGGGGGAGCCGCCCCGCAGCAGCCCGGAUCCCGACGCGCAGGCGGCCGCGGAGCCCCAGGCCGAGCUCAGCAACCACCUGGCGGAGGAGGGCGACGCGUCGCGAGUGAACAGCCGCGGGGAGGACGGAGAGGCGUCCCCGGGCCAGGAGCACGACAUCACCCUCUUCGUCAAGGCUGGGUAUGAUGGUGAGAGUAUCGGAAAUUGCCCGUUUUCUCAGCGUCUCUUUAUGAUUCUCUGGCUCAAGGGUGUCAUAUUUAAUGUGACAACGGUGGACUUGAGAAGGAAACCCGCAGACCUGCAGAACCUGGCGCCCGGGACCAACCCGCCUUUCAUGACUUUCGAUGGCGAAGUCAAGACGGAUGUGAACAAGAUGGAGGAGUUCUUGGAGGAGAAGUUAGCUCCCCCGAGGUACCCUAAGCUGGGGACCCAACACCCUGAAUCUAACUCUGCAGGAAAUGACGUGUUUGCCAAAUUUUCAGCAUUUAUAAAAAACACCAAGAAGGAUGCAAACGAGUUUUAUGAAAAGAACCUGCUGAGGGCCCUGAAGAAGCUGGAUGACUACUUAAACAGCCCCCUGCCCGACGAGGUAGAUGCCUACAGCACCGAGGACGUUGCUAUCUCCGCUAGGAGGUACCUGGACGGGGACGAGCUCACGCUGGCCGACUGCAACCUCCUGCCCAAGCUCCACAUCAUCAAGAUCGUGGCCAAGAAAUACAGAGAUUUCGAAUUUCCUUCUGAAAUGACUGGCAUCUGGAGAUACUUAAAUAAUGCUUAUGCUAGAGAUGAGUUCACAAACACAUGUCCAGCUGACCAGGAGAUUGAGCACGCGUAUUCAGAUGUUGCGAAAAGAAUGAAGUGAA